AUGGCUUUCUCUGAUGACUUCCAAAAAAUCCUUCUACGCGAAACUCAGCUGGACUUUCCCGGCAAGCCAUACUCGGUGUCGGUACUGAAAGUGGGCUACUAUCACCCGCAGCCCGAUGGAACAUUUCGAGCCGACGGAACCGUCACGCUCAUUACGGGAGAUGGCAACAACAUUCUGGUAGACACCGGCGGACCUUGGAGCAGGGACUUUCUCGUGGAAAGUCUCCGGAAAAAGGGCCUGGAGCCCGGUGACAUUCACUUGGUCGUAGGGACUCACGGCCAUUCUGACCACGUGGGGAACCUUAAUCUUUUCCCGUCUGCUGUGGUCAUCGUGGGGUAUGACCUCAGCCGAGGAGACAUAUAUCGGCCCAAUAAGAUGGCACAGGGGCACGCGCACGUCGUAGACGAGCACGUGUGUGUGGUUCCCAGUCCAGGCCACAGCGGUCAGGAUGUGAGCGUCCAGGUGAAGGGAACAUCGGUGGGUACGAUUCUGGUGGCUGGGGACCUAUUCGACUGCUGUGCCGAUGACGACACGUGGCGGGACUUAAGUCUGAACCCUGCUGCGCAGGAGACGAGCCGCCAACAGGCGCUCCGCACCGCUGACAUCAUCAUACCGGGUCACGGCCUCCCGUUUCGGGUCCUUCGAAAUUCCUGAAACCAGGAGUCGGGAGCUUGGAUUGACUUGACGAUACACAUUGAAAUAUGAAAAGUAUUACAAAGUGAAAAUGGAAGAAUUUUGUUCAUACU